AUGACCAUUCAAAUUGAGCCCUCGGAGUUGGGCUUCAAGCGUCCUUUCAAUCAUGAGGUGUGCCAGGUCCUCCGCCUGAGUAACCCAAACCAGGAAGCCGUGGUUUUCAAGGUCAAAACCACCGCCCCGAAGCACUACUGUGUGCGCCCCAACUCUGGCCACAUCGAACCGGGUGAUACCGUCGAAGUCCAGGUCUUGCUUCAGGCCAUGAAGGAGGAGCCCGCUGAAAACGCCAAGUGCAAGGACAAGUUCCUGGUUCAGGCCGUCCCGGUCUCUCGCGGCAUGGAGAGUGCUACCGUCUCCCAGAUCUUCGACCAAACUCCUAAGAGUGAUGUGGUUGAGCGCAAGAUCCGAGUCGUCUUUAUCGCAUCGGGUGCCUCUUCGGACAAGGCUAACGAAUCCCUCCUCGACGAAGAACCCCAGGCCCAUAACUCCCCCGGCGGUAACUUCCAAACCCCUGCUCCUAAGAAGACUCAGUCCGAUGAAGCCUCCCCCGUUGCCGCUCCCGAUUUCUCCGAGAAAGCCAACCUCGAGUCCCCCCAGCGUGAACCCGCAUCCGUCAUCUCUAACGCCCGAUCUGCCGUUGCCAAUGCUCUGCCUUCAAGUGAUGAAAUGAAGGCCCAGCUUGCCGAAGCCAACGCAACAAUCCAGCGCCUGAAGGACCGCCUCGCCGAUCAAGGCCUUCGGCAACGCAAGACCGGUGCCGAGGCUGGUUCCGCGGCCCCAGCUGCGAUGCAGCAGUCACAUGCGCAAACACAGAGCGGAGUCUCGAUCCAGAUUGUCGCAGCACUCUGUCUGCUGAGCUUCUUGAUUGCCUACUUCUUCUUUUGA